AUGCAGCUGUCAAACCAGAACAACCCAGCUCCCGACAAAGACUUUGGACAGAAAACAGCUGAGAUCAAAGAGGAAUUAGUUGCCACACACCCAGCGACAGUGGAGAGCAGAGCCAUCAGAGCCACAGUGGGGGGCCGUGAGGGGGGUCCGGUGGGGGGGCCCGGAGUGAGCAGGCGGAGGACACAGGAGUGCUGGUGUCAUGUGUUCUACCCCCACACCUGCAGCCUCAUCAUCCUCAUCAUCAUCAUCCUCGUCAUCAUCAUCAUCCUCGUCAUCAUCAUCAUCAUCCUCAUCAUCAUCCUCGUCAUCAUCAUCAUCCUCGUCAUCAUCAUCAUAAUCUUCCUCAUCAUCCUCAUCAUCAUCAUCAUCAUCAUCCUCGUCAUCAUCAUCAUCCUUGUCAUCAUCAUCAUCCUCGUCAUCAUCAUCAUAAUCUUCCUCAUCUUCCUCAUCAUCAUCCUCGUCAUCAUCAUCAUCCUCGUCAUCAUCAUCAUAAUCUUCCUCAUCAUAGUCUUCCUCAUCUUCCUCAUCAUCAUCCUCAUCAUCAUCAUAAUCUUCCUCAUCAUCCUCAUCAUCAUCCUCGUCAUCAUCAUCAUCCUCGUCAUCAUCAUCAUAAUCUUCCUCAUCUUCCUCAUCAUCAUCCUCGUCAUCAUCAUCAUCCUCGUCAUCAUCAUCAUAAUCUUCCUCAUCUUCCUCAUCAUCAUCCUCAUCAUCAUCCUCAUCAUCAUCCUCGUCAUCAUCAUCAUCCUCGUCAUCAUCAUCAUAAUCUUCCUCAUCAUCAUCCUCAUCAUCAUCCUUGUCAUCAUCAUCAUCCUCACCCUUCACAUCAUCUUCAUCGCUGCAGUUUGCAUGUGCUAG